GGGCCGCGGUGCCGGGCGCGGCGGGAGGCGGGCCGGGGGCAGGGCCGGAGCGGCGGCGGCGAUAGGCUGCGGCCAUGCGGAGCGCCGCGGGGCUGCUGCUGGCGCUGGGCGCCGCGGGGGUGCUGCUCCUCCAUCUCCUCCUCCUCCUGCCUCGGCGCGCCCGCCGCGCCCUGCCCGCUGAAGGAAAGGCGGUGCUAAUAACAGGCUGUGACAAAGGUUUUGGACACGCCUUGGCAAAAUGCCUUCAUGCAAAGGGAUUUACUGUUUUUGCUGGAUGCUUGCUCAUGGAUGAAAAUGGAGAUGGAGCCAGGGAGCUGAGGAACAUGAAGUCUGACCGGAUGAAAGUGCUACAGAUGGACGUGUGCAGUGACCAGGAGGUGGCUCAGGCCGUGGAUUCUGUGAAGAGGACCCUGAAGGAGCCAGAAGAAGGUCUGUGGGGCCUAGUGAACAACGCUGGCAUCUCAACCUUCGGAGAGGUGGAAUUUGCAAGUUUAGACAACUACAAGAAGGUGGCAGAGGUCAACCUAUGGGGCACUGUGAGGGUGACAAAAGCUUUCCUGCCCCUCAUUCGCAGAGCUAAAGGCCGUGUGGUGAAUAUCACGAGCAUGUUGGGACGCAUGGUGAGUCCAUCGCGCUCCUGCUACUGCGUGUCCAAGUUUGGGGUGGCAGCGUUCUCCGACUGCCUGAGGCAGGAGAUGUACCGCUGGGGGGUCCGCGUCAUCCUCAUCGAGCCCAGCAACUUCGUGGCAGCCACCGGCAUCCUGACGGCCGCCGGCAUCGACAGGCAGGCCGAGGCUCUGUGGAGCGGGGCCACCGACACGGUGCGGGAGGACUAUGGCAGCGAGUACUUCACUCGGCACGUGGCCACCAUGAAGUCCUUCGUGAACAGUGGCCUGAAGGACAUGUCUCUGGUCUUGAAUGACAUCACUGAAGCGCUCACGUCCCCAUGCCCGAAGAACCGCUACAACCCCAUGGAGACCUACUGGUGGGUGAGGCUGCAGGUGAUGACCCACCUGCCCACAGCCAUUGCCGACUGGCUUUACAUCCCCGGAGCCACCCUGUAAACAAGCAUCCUCCAGGCACCCCUCCAGGGCUCCUACUCACACACAGGCUGACCUCUGCACUCCUUGCUGCUGUCUCCCCUGGAGAUGCAUAUGCUUCCACUUUGAGUUAUGACUUCAAGUCCUGUGUUGUGGAAUGCCAGAACAGCAUGGUUUUUUGGUUCUUUUUUUUUCCCUCAUUUUUGUUGUUUGUAUUUCUUGGCUGUGCUGAUUGAAGUUUAAAGGUGUUUUCCUUUUAACUAUGGAGGAAGCAGAGGAAGGUAAAUAUAAUAGGUCAAAUAUGUGGCUAGUGUAAUUAGGUCAGCAGAUAAAUUUGGCUUAUUAAUGGGCUCUUGCUUUUUCUUGCAAGGACAAACUAUUUGCUAUUAGCAAAUAGCAGAGCAAAGCUGUUGCUAUGAGAUGGCUUGAAGGGAGAAACUAAAAUGGGAAACAAAAGUAGAGUUUUCCAUUUGGUUGAAAAUGGGUCAGUCACAGCCUUCCAUUGUUUUCCUGGUACUGCCAAGAAGGUCUGCUGUGCUGUGACUGUCUGCUCUUUCCAGAGAAACAGCAACACUGCCUCUAAACAGCCUCAUUACCUAGCUGCAAAAAAAGGUUCUUCCCCCCCAGCACUGUGGCCAGGAGGUGCCAGACUGUGCACAUGAUGGCCAGUGAAAAGCCCUGCUAAUAGUGAGGUCUGAGCCAUCUCUCAGCAGCCACUCUCCACCUGCUGCUGCUGAGUUUUGUGGGACAGGGUUUAAGCUGAUGUAGCAAACAAAUUUGGCUUCUCAGACUAUUAUCUUACGUGCCUGAACUACUCAACUGUGAUACAGACAUUGUCCAGCCAUCCCCCUGUUUCCCUCUGGCUGGUGAGGGAGAUGCUGUUAGCUUUUAUAAAUCAUUUUUUCAUUUAUCCUCUGCAUUUGGACAGUGAUGGGGCACUGUGCAGCUAGUGUGGCCUAUGAACUCUGGAAGGAUGCUUUAAGGGACACAUUUCCUAUUUUUAAUAUUGCACAAUGAAAUCUCCAUGUCACACAAUCAUCUUCUCAAUCUACCUCUUGAUAGCUGAUAUGAUAUAUCUUGCCCAGUGUCCUGAGCUGGGACCUGAGCCUCUUACUCUUAGGGACCAGCUUUUCCUUCCAUUCUUUUCCCUUAUGUGAGAUUAAGUGGCUGUGAAAAGAGCUUAUUGAUUGCUCUUUCUUCAUCUGUGUCUUCUAACUCUGACUUGGAAACUGUGCCUUAAACUUUUUGUAUGCCACUGUCUGCAAAUUCUUGGAGUCUGCGUGCAGCCAUGAAUGCUGGGAUGCCUUCAGGAGGAAAGCAGGUUUCCCUUGGAGAUGCUGUCGAGGCAGCUUGUCUUACAAGUAACAACUGCUAGAAAUACUGCUGUGCAGUUUGUGUCUCUUCCAGAUCAUCUGCACAUGGCAAUUUCCUGGGAUUUGGGACCUGGAAGGAUCCCUCCCACUGAACUGCAGCCUAAACAGUAAUCACUUCUACCCUCUGCACUGUGAAAUGUGAUUAAUCUUAAGUAGCUCUGAUUUGCACAGAGAGAAAAAUAAAACUCUAAGAUUUUUAAAGCAUA